AUGUCGCUCAUGCUCUCCGAUAACCUGGCUCCUCAGCCUCUGACUGAUGUCUUCACCGACGACACAUGCAUUGACCGUCGCAAGUGCCACCGGACGGUGCCCAUGAAGGUGCUGGCCCUCGGUGUUGGCCGUACUGGUACUGCCUCCCUCCGCAAGGCUCUGGAGCGCCUGGGAUACACCAAGUGCUACCACAUGAUGUGCGCCAGUGUUGAGAACCCGCCGGACUGCCUCAUGUGGCACGAUGCCCUGAACGCCAAGUACAAGGGUAUUGGCGAAUUCGGCCGUAAGGAAUGGGACCAGUUGCUGGGCGACUGCCAGGCCGUGUGUGACUGGCCUGCCUGCGCGUUUGCUAAAGAGCUCAUUGAGGCCUACCCCAACGCCAAGGUCAUUAUGACCACCCGCGAUGUCGACCCGUGGCACGCCUCCGUCAUGAAGACCGUCCACUGGCGCGUCAGCGACCCCGAGCACAAGUUUGUCUCGCACUUCAGCUGGGCCGCCGGCAUGUACUACCCUAUGCUCAAUAAAUUCUUCGAGACCUUCUUCCGUGGAGACUUCCCCGGCAAGGGCAAGCAGGUUUACAACGAGCACGUUGCCGAGGUCCGUAGCCUGGUGCCCGCGGACCGCCUGUUGGAGUACAAUAUUAACGAUGGCUGGGCUCCUUUGUGCGAGUUCCUCGAGGAGGAGGUCCCCGAUACACCUUUCCCCCGUGGCAACGACAUGGCCGACUUCUACAAGCGCUGCAGCACCCGCAACCGCCACCAGAUGAUGAACGCCGCUCUGCAGGCUGUCACUAUGGGUGGUGCCCUGUUGGCCACUGGCUUUGCUGCCACCAUGGCCUUCAAGCGUUUCUCCCGGUAA